AUGGAGGGGCCCCAUAAACUCGAUUCUGAGGUUGAGGCCGAGGCUUUGGCUUCUAGGGUUUCGGAUUUAUCGCUUCAGGAAGACACCCUCCACCCCAAUUUCCAAUCUCCGCCGAAUGAUGGAGGAGUUGAAAAUCAUAGAGAGCAGAAGCAUAAUGAUGACCAAAUAAUGACAGAAUCUACAGAAUGUGACUCUGAGUUACAUGAGAAGGAAAAUGGGGAGCAAAGAAAGUACUUUUAUUAUGAUGCCCCACUUUCUGAAGAAACUGGGGUUUGGAUACCUGUUUCCGUUCCGCCUAUGUGGGAAACUGAGCAUGAAGAGUGGGCCAAAGGUUUAUACUCAAAUGGGGGAUACUUUCCUGACGGUGACAUGGGUUGGGGCCAGUAUAUUGGGGAAGAGAAGGAGCUGACUAUGUGGGAUGUAAUGGUAGAAAUGCUGCUUGCAGCCCGUGGGAAAGUAAGUUCAAUUGCUUCAGCUGAUAUGUAUGGAUGCAAACUUUCAUGGAUAUCGGAUAAUCUCCUUGACCAGGCUUGGAAAGAAAUGGCCCAAACACUCACAGAUGCAAACUUUGCUAAUGUAAGAGAACUUAUCGAAGCAGAGCCACCGAAAUGGUUGGCUGACAGUUCUGCAUCUGCUUGUAUGCUCUGUGGCGUGCAUUUUCAUCCCAUCAUGUGUUCUAGGCAUCAUUGUCGGUUUUGUGGAGGAAUAUUUUGUGGUGACUGCUCUAAGGGAAGGAGUUUGAUGCCGGCAAAGUUCCGUGUUGCGGAUCCCCAACGAGUCUGUGAUGUAUGCUGUGUACGACUUGAUUCGGUCCAGCCGUACUUAAUGGACCAAGUAAGCCAUGCAGCCCAGAUGCCAACCCAAGAUCUUACAGACCUUAGUACUUUGCGGUCAUGGGUUAAUAUUCCUUGGGGACAAUCCAUGGAGUAUGAGAUAUAUAAGGCGGCAAAUGCAAUUCGUGUUUAUAAGAAGGUAUGCUCCCUAAAACCUGAGAAGUCAAUUCCGGAUGCCAUUCUAAGACAAGCAAAAGGCCUUGCAAUAAUCACUGCUGUGAAAGUUGGAGUUAUGGUUACCUACAAUAUAGGUACUGGAGUCGUGAUUGCUCGUAGAGAAGAUGGCUCUUGGUCUCCACCAUCUGCUGUUUCUACAUUUGGUAUAGGUUGGGGAGCACAGGCUGGAGGGGAGUUGACGGACUUUAUCAUUCUUUUGAGAACAACUGAGGCUGUAAAAACAUUCAGUGGUAAUGUGCAUCUAUCUGUAGGAGCUGGCUUGAGUGCUGCAGUUGGCGUUGUUGGAAGGGCAGUUGAAGCUGAUGUUCGAGCCGGUGAUGGUGGUUACGCUGCUUGUUAUACAUACAGCUGUAGUAAAGGUGCAUUUGUUGGAUGUUCACUUGAAGGUAGUAUUGUAACCACCCGCACAAAGGUGAAUUCUCGAUUUUAUGGCAGCCAGUCAAUAACUGCAUCGGAUGUACUUCUUGGCUCGUUGCCCAGACCACCUGCCGCUGCUACCCUCUAUCGUGCCCUCUCAGAUCUAUAUCAGAAGAUUGAGGGGUGA